UCAAUUACAAAGCCCCAACCCCGUAAAACCCUGCGAGAGAUCUACUUUGGCUAUGGCGAACGCAGAGCUUAAUCCCAGCUUCCCUCCGUACCUCCACCUAGUCUGCGCCUUCCUCGCAAUGGAGCCGUCUCAUCAUUUGAUCUCCUUAGCAAGAGUAUGUGGUGGAGGGUUGGUUACAGAGAGAGUACAGAAGCUUAUAUGGGAUCAUUGUGUAAACAAAGCUGAUGGACAGAGUUGUGCACGUUACUUGAAGAAUUUUCUCAAGAAGCUUAUAAUUGAAAUUGAAUCAAAUAAUGGUGUUUUAAUGGAUGAAUUAUAUGAACAAUAUGCUGAAUACAUGACGUCAUUGAAGGAAUAUGAUCUGGCCAAUGGAAAUGCUAAAGUCUACAAAUACAUUUCAUUCCUAUUCCAAGAUGGUUGUUUAGAUCUCCCAAGCUGCCCAACGUCAAGGAAGUUGAUCAUUCCAUUGCAAUGUUCACUUAACAUGCUUGAAGGAGAUACCGGGUGUUCAAUUUGGCCCUCAAGCCUUUUUCUGUCAGAAUUCAUACUCUCCUUUCCUGAAAUAUUCUCUAAUAAGUCUUGUUUUGAGGUUGGUUCUGGUGUUGGCUUGGUUGGUAUUUGUCUGGCCAAUGUAAGAGCCUCCAAGAUUGUAUUAAGUGAUGGUGAUCUUACAACUCUAUCUAACAUGAAGCAAAAUUUGGAGCUGAACAAGUUGAGCACUGAUAUUCAUGUGCCAAAUAGAACUGCUGAAGAUUCAAAAAUGGUAAAAUGCAUUUCUAUGGCCUGGGAAUCUGCAACGGAGAGUGAGCUCCAGGAAUUCAUGCCAGAUAUUGUUUUGGGUGCAGACGUGAUUUAUGAUCCACUAUGCCUCCCUCAUCUUGUUCAAGUACUUGCUAUUCUCUUGAAUCCUAGGAAGUCACGUUGCCAGAAGCAGAAAGACAGUUGUCAGGGCACUUUAUGUGAUGAUUAUAAUCCCCACGGUAUCAAUGCUCGUCAAGUUGAAGCAACUGAUAUGGACACUUCAAACGCAAGAUCAAGGGAAGGUCCAGUGGCUUAUAUUGCUUCAGUCAUUCGGAAUAUCGACACCUUCAAUUGUUUUCUGGCAUUGGCAAACCAGGCUAAUCUUACCAUCGUAGACGUAACUGAUGAACGAAGACCGUUCAAUUUGCUUCCGUACAUGCAAUCCUACGAUCGAUCAAGUAUACAAUUAUUUUCUGUCUCUUGUAAAGUAACAACUUGAGUUAUCCUUUUUGCCCCAUGAGAACCAUUAUUUUACGGCUACUUGUUUGAUAAAGGUGUUGUCCUUUAUUGUUGUGUAACUUUGUUAAUUGUUAUGUUACCAUCAAAUAUGAGAUGGGUAUUCUUAAACUGGGCUUUUGUAUUAAUUGAACACAAAAUUGCAAUCUGUAUGUGGGAAAAAUCAUCGAAUGUAUGCAGUAGCAGUACUGUAUCUAUUUGUUU